CAUGGGCAACCGAGAAUAAACACUCGUGCUGCGCUCUUUUUGACGGAGAAGAAGGCUCAUGAAGUUGUUGCUCAUUCUUUUUCCUUCGAAAAAGAGUCGCUCCUUGAUACCAUGAAUUCUGCGCGCAACACCAACUCUUUUGACGACAAGAUGAACACCUCGGAGCGGUCCGACUCGACCGAUCGCGAGAGGCUUCUUGUCGAUGAAGAAGAUGUUCACUGGUCGGGGAAGAAGAGUGUGCGAUCGGGGCCUGGAAGGUGGUUGAACAUCAUUUUCGUCGUUGUCAUUGCCAUAGUGUCGUGUUUGGUCGGCAUUUUCGUCGGCCACAACCAAGGGGAUUCGGACAAGGCGUGCACGCGGCGCAUCACCCAACACUCACCCGUGAUAUCCAGUGUUGGGCUCAACUAUCACAAGCAACAGUUCAACGGGUCGCUCCUCAAAGAGAACAUCUUCCGACAAGAUGCCAGCCCGGAAGUAGAUGCAGCAUGGGAGUCUCUCGGUGCCAACUACCGAUCCAUUCGCGUCCCUGCCGAAGAAGCCGAGAAAUCAGGCCUCGCUCCCGACCAGGUUAAGAUCAACGAGAAGUACGGAGGUGGAUAUCCUGCCAAUGUGGAGGGAUUUCACCAUCUGCACUGCUUGAAUCUCCUACGCCAAUCCCUUUAUUACAACUACGACUACUACCAUGACCUUGGCAAAGGCGCCUUCACCAACAAUGACUACGUUGUCCGUCGCCACGUCACUCAUUGUCUCGAUAUCAUCCGUCAGCAGCUGAUGUGCACCGUGGACGUGGGAGUCCUGGGUCAAGUUUGGGUCCACCCCGACCACCCUGAGCCCUUUGUCGACUUCAACACUGAGCACAAGUGCCGCAACUUUGAGGAGAUCCGCGAAUGGGCGGAGCGAAACCAGCUUCCGGAGGCUGUUCCUAAUGAUUUCCUCCAACCCCCGAAGAUUGGGGAUAGAGUGUAUGAGGAGAUUCCAUGAUGAUUGCUGCUGUCUGUAUAUAGAAUGUACAUAUGAAUGUCUUGAUGUCAAUGACUAAGGAAAUGCCAUUUCUUUCCUAAUGUAAAGCGAUUUUGUGAAACGUUGGGCUGAAACUCCAACCAUUCAACAUCCCCCGAGAUAGGGAAUCUGGGACAAACGGACCAUGGACCUUUGGAAGCCUAAUGAAUUCAGGUUGCAGCGGACUGAGUCAUGAAACUUGAUGUGAUAAUUUGAGCUAGGUGAUAUUUGAAGACAG